AUAAUACUUUUAUUUACAUAAUUUUGAUAGAACUAUAAUAAAAAUGUUUUCUAUUCGAUAAAACUUGUUAUUUUGAUGACAAAAUAAUUUUAAAAAAACUUUAAAAGAAAGAAAAUUAAGUUCAGUGGAUCAUUUUUUUAUUAUUCACUUUAUGUUCCCUUUCAUAAAAUUAUGGAUUACCUCAGUAAAUAUUUGGAUUAGCUCAUAUAAAAUCUAGUGACUUUAUUAAUGAUAAAAUGAAUUAAGAAUAAAAAAAAACAUUAUGAGCACAAGAUUCAGUUCACCAGUUUUUUUGGACACAUGUAAUCAUUAUAGUCAUAAAGAUCGAAAAUAUAAAAAGAAUAUCUUUGAAGUAAGAGUUAAUGAACCAAUUGAUGUAGAAAUGAAAAAUCAUCCAGUUUACAAUAUUGAUCCUGGUGGAUGUAGUAGUACAGCCGAUGAGAGCGUAACGAAUGAUUCAUAUAAUAAACCAUGGGAGUCUAGCAAUAUAAAUACAGGGGAUUAUCCAUAUCAUUGUGACACGGAUCUGGAAGUAUGCAGUCAAUCAAAUUGUAUUGAUGUAUAUAAUAAUAAUAAUUGUGAUUACAAAAAAUUGCCACAUAAUACAUCAACAGGAUUUAAACACUUUCUUGCUCCCCCACCUCAGGAAUGUACACAAAGAAGAACAUCACUUCAUGGCAAAACAAUAACAAUACGUAUAAGUCGUAAUGAGACUAGAUAUCGAAAAUUGCAAGCUAAAAUUUAUAAUUUUCUUGAAAGACCAAAAACAUGGCCUUCUGUAAUAUAUCAUGUGUUCGUAUUUGCUUCAGUUUUUGGUUGUCUUGUUCUCAGUGUAUUAUCUACAAUUAAUGAGUAUGCAGAAUCAGCUGGACGAGUUUUACUUUACAUGGAGCUUGUAAUACUCUUUUGGUUUUUUGCUGAAUAUUGCCUACGUUUAUGGAGUGCUGGUUGCCGAUCCAGAUAUCAAACAUGGCGUGGAAGGUUACAUUUUGCAAGAAGACCAUUUUGUAUUGUAGAUGUCAUUGUUAUUGUCGCCAGUGUAGUCGUUCUUGCUGUAGACAGUGACAGAAAUAUGUUCGCAGCAAGUGCACUAAGAGGAUUGAGAUUCUUUCAAAUUUUACGUAUGAUACGAAUGGAUCGCAGAGGUGGAUCAUUUAAAUUAUUAGCAUCUGUUGUAUGGGCACAUAGACAAGAAUUAUUCACAACGGUGUAUAUUGGAUUUUUAGGUCUUCUAUUUAGUUCAUUCUUGAUAUUUUUAGUUGAAAAGAAAGAAAAUGAAAAAAUUCGUACAUAUGCAGAUGCAUUAUGGUGGGGUGUAAUUACUCUUUGUACAGUCGGUUAUGGAGAUACAGUGCCUAAAACAUGGAUGGGGAAAAUUAUUGCAGCAUUUUGUGCAUUGGCUGGUAUCUCAUUUUUCGCUCUACCUGCUGGCAUAUUAGGUAGCGGUUUCGCUCUCAAAGUUCAACAACAUCAAAGACAAAAACAUCUAAUUCGAAGACGAGUUCCAGCUGCUACAUUAAUUCAAUGUUUAUGGAGAUGUUAUGCUGCAGAUCCUCAUUCAUCAUCCGUUGCAACAUGGAAAAUUCAUAUGAGACCUAUUAGGAAACCUGUUGGAUUAACUAAUUCAUAUUCAAUGACUGAACGAAGUGGUUUUUCUCGAUUUGGUCGAUUUUCAACAUUAAAACGUCGUUCAGAAAAAACUACUUCGAAUACAAAUACAAACAUAAAUAACAUUGCUCUUACUAUAUCAACAGAUGAUGAAACACCGAAAUCUGCACCUGUUAAAAGUGAAGAUUUAGAUGGUAUUUAUGCAUUUAUAAAUGAUGAAGAUACCACAAAUUUGCAAAAUACUCCUGACCCUGUUAAAUCAUCAGAUUUAGACGAGAAAAUAGUAAAAGCAUCAAAUGAACUGUUACCAAUCUUAACAAAAGUACAAAUACCAAAUGAUAGACUGUGCACAACUGAUUUACUGUCCACUAGUCAAAGUGAACAUAUCAGUAUAUCAAAAAGUGGUAAUCCUCCAGCACAGCAGAAACAAAAUAUUAAUAGUCAAACAAUGUUUCAACAUGAUCCAUAUUUAUGCUCAUCACGUGGAUCUGAAGUUAUUAUGCAUCCAUUAACUGAAAAAGAAAAAAUUGCUGUACGUGUAAUUCGAAAACUGCGAUUUUUUGUAGCACGUAGAAAAUUUCGUGAAGCUCUCAGACCAUAUGAUGUAAAAGAUGUAAUUGAACAGUAUUCAGCUGGACAUGUUGAUAUGUUAGCUAGAGUGAAAAUACUUCAAGCAAGGUUAGAUCAAAUUUUAGGAAGACCUGGCUCUAAAGGUGAUGAUGUCUAUGAUUCACAUCAAUGUCUAGCAUCAAGAAUUGUGAAAAUUGAACAUAAGAUUGAUACUGUUGAAAUGAAACUUGAUAGAUUGAUCAAUAUUUUAAAAGCUGAUUAUAUGUUUAAAUAUCGUAGUCAAGUAGAAAAUACCGAUGUCAAUAUGAAACAUUCACUGCAGAAUAAUGACCAAUACAUUCAACAAAUUAAUUGUUCAGAUAAAGUAAAUCAUCAAAUCCAGUGUAAUACACAUUUUUCAACAACAACAACAGAACAAUAUCCAAAACUAUCAGAGGAUAAAGUGUUUGUGAUUCAACGUAGAUCACAUAAUAAAUUCCAGAAACAAAAAUUGUCUGCAUCAGAAAGAAAUUCACUGACUGUCAAUUUUCCAUUAUCACUGAUAAGUGAAAGAUGGAAAAGUAUUGAUGCUGAAACAUCUUUGAAAAAUAUUUAUCCAAACAAUGAAAAACUUAAUAUAGACACUACUAUAUACAAUCAGAAUAAUGAUAAUACUCAGAAAGUAUCAUCAAAAUUACAAUUCAUAUCUCAUUCUGAAGAAUUUCCUUUAACGAAAAGACGAAGUUUUCCCUUACAAUCUACAUCAUCAUUUAAUAUUCUAUCAAAUAAACAAGCAUUGUCAACUUAUUCAGAAAAUUGUCUAAAAAGAGUUAUUAAUGAUCAUAAUAAUAAAGAUCUUAAAACAACUCAAUAUUUCACUGAUCCUUGUACACAAAUUUCAAAAAAUUAUUCCAAUCUAUCAAAAAGUAUGAAUUCAAUUACUGUUCCUUAUCGAAAUUCUUCUUCUUCUUCUUUUAAAACAUACUUACAAAGACAAGAAGAGAUUAUUACUCCUUUAGAUUAUGAAUAUAUUGUAGAAGAAGAACAAGAGAGAAAAUCUUUAUUAGAUACAAUUAAUAAGAUAAACAGCUAAAAGUAAAUAAUAAUAAUAAGAAGAAGAAUACUUUUGAUAAGAUUUAAUUGGUUUUCACACUUUUAUUUAAUAAAUAAUGAUGUACAUAGACAUUUUUAAGUUGUUUUUAUACUACUACUACUACUACUAUUAUUACUAGUAUUACUAAUACUACUAAUAAUACUACUACUAUUACACGUUAUAUACUACUUAUUUAGUUCAGAAAUUAUAGUAUAUUCUUUUACAUAGUUUAUAAGUUAUUUUAUGUAGAUUCUUUCUUUUUUUGUAAAGAUAGUUAAGUCAGUUUAUCAUGAAUUUUCUUAUUUAAAAGAAAAUUUCCGCUCAUUUACUUUUAAUCUUUUGUUUGUUUGUUUUGUUUUCUUUUUUUUUGUUUUUUCGUUGUUUUUUUUUUAAAAAAAAUUUAUCUUUUAAUUCUUCAAUAUAAGAUAUGUGUUAAUCAAAUUUGUUUUAUUCCUUUAAUUUGAAUUGAAUUCAAACAAUUCGAUGUCUUCCUUCAAUGUUAUUCUUUCUAUAAAAUAUUAAAAUGUAAACAAAAUAAAAUAAACAAACAAGCCAUUUGUUUAGUGAAAACUGCUAUAUAAAAAAAAACAACACAACAGAAUUUCAUAUCUUUAUCCUUCAUUAUGGUCAUGUUAAAUAUUUUCUAGAUUGAUCUAAUUUGUAUUAAUACAAAAAUACUCUGAUAGG